UGCAAGAAUCGCAAGAGGACAAAACGAAAAUAAACCUGAUGAUUGAUGAUAGCAAGUAAUAGUGUUCUGUGGAUGAUAGAUAGAUAAACUGAGGAGAUAGUCCUGUUUUAAUAUUGAUUGUUGUUUAUUUGCAAGUAACAUUUAAAAAAGAAGUAAAGUACCUAAUUGAAUAGAUAUGGCCGAUAAAAAGAAAAAACCUUUCCUACCCAAGGAGCCCACAACUCCAAGACGGCCAGUAAUUUUAAAAUCAGAACGUGAUAAUUCAAAUAAAGAGGCAACAAAAGAGAAAGAAAAAGAAAAACAACCCACCAUAAUUUUAAAAACUCGGGAACAAAGUACUCCCAAAGAUGAAAUACCUCAAAGCCCUAAAAUUUCUAAAACAUCAAACCUUGAAGCGGAAGGGCCUCAUCCAUCUAAAAUAGUUCAGAAUGAAAAUAAAGAGAAAAAGACGAUAGAACAAAAAGUUAGUCCUCCCUUAAAACCAAUGCUGGAGCCAGUGAAACUAUUGGACAAACAUUUUGUAUUUAAUUCAGGAGCCUUGGAGUUCCUGCAUGACUCAAGUACAAACUAUUUAGUUGUUGGAAUCAUAGGAACUCAAGGUGUUGGUAAAUCAACAAUACUCAAUCUGAUAGCACAAAACAAAUUUGACCAAAACCUAUGUAGUGAAAUUCUAAAUUCCCAUGAGGCACCAGAGGGUGUAUAUGAAACAAAUGUAAUGGCUAAUAUUGAAAAUCAAUCAGAUAAUCUUGAUUUAAUACAGCCACAAGAACCGAAAAUCGAUAAGAAUACACUUUCAAAGUUUAAAAUACAAGAUAUUGAACAAAUUGAAAGAGGCGUUCACUGUACCAAAGGUAUCGAUAUGUACAUAACAAACGAUCGUGUGAUUCUUCUGGAUUGUCAAGCUCUUUGGUCACCAUCUUUAAUAGAAGACAGCAUGCCUCCUAUAAAAUCGAAAAGUUCUAAUGAAAUCACAGUAGAAUGUCUUCAGAUAGCUUCAUUCCUAAUGGCUAUAUGUCAUGUGCUUAUUGCAGUCCAGGAUUGGUUUACAGAUUAUAAUUUUAUUAGAUACAUUCAAACAGCGGAGAUGUUAAAGCCUUCACUAUCGGCUUCAAAUACUAUUUCGAACCAAGAAGGUUCAGAAUCGACGGCCAUUGGUGAGAACCAGCCCCACUUGCUGCUUCUACAUAACAGAUGUCAGCUAGAAGAUUAUACACCCGAAUCCAUUAAAAUUAUGCAAGAUCUUUACAGAAAGGCGUUCCAAAAGUCGUCACUGCAGCUAAACUCUGGAAUGUACAUGUACAGCGAUACGAAUCGAAACGGAUUGAAUGUAGAUAGCGUAUGCAAGAGCUACAACGUGGAAACGUGCGGUUCACCCAUAAAUAUGUUCCUACUGCCCGAAGUAUACGAGGAUUAUGAUAACGUAGACAUUUAUCGCGGGCAUCCACCUUUCGAGCAGCUCGCAAAACGACUGCGCUGGAUGGUGCUCGGAGUCAACAGGCAUCAGAUCACAAACGUUCCCAACUUAUCGGAACGAGGAUGGCUCCAGUACUGCAGCAAAGCUUGGGAAACAAUAAGAAAGUGCACUUUCUUCAUGGAAUACGAGAGGUUCUUACCGUAUUAAUCGUUGAGCGUCAUCGAAGGAAUUAGUCUACUCAAUAUCAGCUCGGUGAUAACACGCAGGUGUUCGAGACGAAUGAUAAACGGCGAUUAGUAAGCGGCAAGAUAUUUAUUCACGAUUCGUAUAUAAACAAUUGAUGAUUUUAGCUUCAAUAAACAAUUUUAUGGACGAUGCUACACGUAUU